CUCUGUGGCCCUUCAUCCUGAUGGCUGCUUCAGGAAUCCAAGCCAUAGAUACACCUCAUCCCAGGAAUUCGGCUCGGUAUCAUCUCACCCAGCAGCUAUUACAGAACUAUCAUAAGGAAGUGAGGCCAGUUCAUGAUUGGACUGAGGCUACUACUGUCUACCUGGAUGUUUCUUUCCGUGCUGUCCUGGACGUGGAUGCACAGAAUCAAAAAUUAAAAACAAGUGUAUGGUACCGUGAGGUUUGGGAUGAUGAGUUUUUGUCUUGGAACACCAGUUUGUUUGAUGAUAUUAGAGAGAUCUCUCUACCUUUAAGUGCCAUCUGGGCUCCUGAUAUCAUCAUUAAUGAGUUUGUGGACAGUGAAAGAGCACCUGAUCUUCCCUAUGUGUAUGUGAACUCAUCUGGGACCGUUAAAAACUCCAGGCCUAUCCAAGUAGUCUCUGCAUGCAGUUUAGAGACAUACGCUUUUCCAUUUGAUGUCCAGAAUUGUAGCCUGACCUUCAAUAGCAUUCUACAUACAGUGGAGGAUGUAGACCUGGCCUUCCUGAGGAGCAAAGACGACAUUAAGCAUGACAAAAAGGCAUUUUUGAAUGACAGCGAGUGGGAACUUCUUUCUGUAUCCUCAACAUACAACAUCCUGCACAGCAGCACUGGAGACUUCGCCCAGAUUCAGUUUAAUGUGGUGAUUCGCAGGCGCCCGCUCCUCCAUAUUGUGAACCUGCUGAUCCCCAGCAUUUUCCUAAUGCUUGUGGACCUGGGGAGCUUCUACCUCCCACCCACCUGCCGUGCCAGGAUUGUGUUCAAGACAAGUGUGCUGGUGGGCUACACCGUCUUCAACGUCAACAUGUCUGAUGAGAUGCCAAGGAGCACCGUGAGCACUCCUCUGAUUGGAGUCUUCUUCACUGUCUGUAUGGCCCUGUUGGUCCUCAGCUUAUCUAAGUCCAUCGUAUUGGUUAAAUUCCUGUAUGAUGUGAGUAGCAGCGGGAAGGAACGACCCAUCUUGUGCUUUCGAGGAAACAUUGACAGUGACUGGCCAGGAAUGGAUCCCAGGACCCAGCGUGAGGGAGUAACAGACUCUCCCACUGGUCAAGAGCAUCAGGCCCAGUCAGGGACUCUGAAUGAAAUCUGUUCCCAACUUCAACCCAUCAGCAAUUACUUCCGAACCUGGGACCACGAGGACCAACAGGAGGUCAGGAGGCUGGCCCUCCUGGAGCGUUUUGACCGACUGCUCUUCCAAAGCUACCUUGUCGUGCUGGGGCUCUAUGCUGUCACCCUGUGCUCCUUCUGGGUGCUGUGGAGCGGCUCUUGAAGACUGGAGUUGGUGGUCUCGCAACCCUUAACAGAAGACUGGUGGGGGGUCUU